CUAUUUUCCAUGUGGCAAUAUCACCAAGUGCUUGCCCCAACAACUUCACUGUAAUGGUGAGGAUGACUGUGGGAAUCAUGCUGAUGAAGACAACUGUGAAGACAACAAUGGUUGGUCUCUACAAUUUGACAAGCAUUAUGCAAAGGACAAGUACAAUAAAAUGAAAUCUCUGUAUGCAUUUCAGACCAAGACACCUGAGUGUUUGGCUGGUGCUGUGCCAGCAGAAUGUGUGUGCCAAGGGCUGGAGAUCUUCUGCGAUGCUGUCAAACUGCGUGCUGUCCCUUCGGUCUCUUCAAACAUAACUAUGAUGUCUCUUCAGAGGAAUCUGCUAAGGAAACUUUCUGCUGACGUUUUCAAGAAAUACCGAGACCUUAAAAAUCUGUAUCUUCAGAAUAAUAAAAUCAGAGCUGUGUCCAAACAUGCUUUCAAAGGUUUAUACAACUUGACAAAACUAUACCUGAGUAACAACAAGUUAACCAAUUUGAAGCCUGGCGUCUUUGAAGAUCUCCAUAAACUUGAAUGGCUGAUAAUUGAAAAUAAUAGAAUAAAUCGGAUCUCUCCAUUAACAUUUUACGGACUCAAAUCACUUAUUCUCCUAGAAAUGAUGAAUAAUUCUCUUGCUCGUUUGCCUGACAAACCUCUGUGCCAAUAUAUGCCAAGACUAAACUGGCUAGACCUUGAAGGGAACCAUAUCCAUCAUUUAAGAAAUAUCACUUUUUUCUCCUGCAACACUCUAACUGUACUGGUGAUGAGGCAAAAUAAAAUCAGCUCUUUAAAUGAAAACAGUUUUUCUUCUCUCCAGAUGUUAGACGAAUUAGACUUGGCUAGCAACAAGAUUGAAUCACUUCCUCCAUAUAUAUUUAAGGAUCUAAAGGAGCUUUCACAACUGAACCUUUCUUAUAACCCAAUCAAGAAAAUUCAAAUAGACCAGUUUGAUUUUCUAACUAAACUCAAAUCCCUCAGCUUGGAGGGCAUUGAUAUUGCAAACAUCCAGAGAAGAAUGUUCAGGCCCCUUAGAAACCUCUCCCACAUAUAUUUUAAGAAAUUCCAGUACUGUGGAUAUGCCCCUCAUGUGCGCAGCUGUAAGCCUAAUACCGAUGGGAUUUCAUCCCUUGAGAAUCUCUUAGCUAGCAUUAUACAGAGAGUGUUUGUCUGGGUUGUAUCUGCCAUCACUUGCUUUGGAAAUAUUUUUGUUAUCUGUAUGAGGCCUUACAUCAGAUCGGAAAAUAAGCUCCACGCCAUCUCAAUAAUGUCUCUCUGCUGUGCUGACUGUCUGAUGGGAAUAUAUUUAUUUGUGAUUGGAGCUUUUGAUCUUAAAUAUCGUGGAGAAUACAACAAGCACGCUCAGUUGUGGAUGGACAGUAUUCAUUGUCAAUUGGUGGGAUCGCUGGCUAUUCUGUCUACAGAGGUGUCAGUAUUACUAUUGACAUACCUGACUUUGGAAAAAUACAUCUGCAUAGUUUAUCCUUUUAGGUGUUUGAAGCCCAGAAAAUGCAGGACAAUUUCCAUUUUAGUUCUUAUCUGGAUAAUUGGGUUUGUUGUUGCUUUUAUUCCACUGAGCAAUAAGGAAUUUUUCAGGAACUACUAUGGCACCAAUGGCGUCUGUUUUCCUCUUCACUCAGAGCAAUCAGAAAGUACAGGAAGUCAGAUUUAUUCUGUUGUCAUUUUUUUAGGUGUAAACUUGGCUGCUUUUAUCAUCAUUGUGUUUUCCUAUGGAAGCAUGUUCUACAGUGUUCACCAAACAGCUAUUAUGGCUACUGAAAUUCGGAAUCAUAUCAAAAAAGAGAUGACCCUUGCCAAACGUUUUUUCUUCAUUGUAUUUACUGAUGCACUAUGUUGGAUACCCAUUUUUAUUUUGAAACUCCUUUCUUUACUUCAAGUAGAAAUACCAGGUACCAUAACGUCUUGGGUGGUGAUUUUUAUCUUGCCUAUAAAUAGCGCUUUGAAUCCUCUUCUCUACACUUUGACUACCCGACCUUUCAAGGAAAUGAUUCACCAGGUUUGGUAUAACUACAGACAGAGAAGAUCCAAGAGAGGCAAAGGCAGUCAGAAAACAUACGGCCCGUCAUUCAUUUGGGUAGAGAUGUGGCCAGUGCACGAAAUCACACCAAAGCUAACAAAGCCUGUGCUUUGUACGGACUCUUCUGAUGCGUCUGUGACUACACAGUCAACGAGACUAAAUCUGUACAUGUAA